AUGGAGAUGCCUUCGGUUGCGGCUUUGGCCGGCGCGAGACUGCUGGGCGACGUCGAAGAGGCGAAUCUCGAAGAGAUUCUGAAUGCCCUUCGCGCGGCAGUCAACCCCAAUGCAUCGUCCAGCAAGACAAAGCAUAUCAAGGCAUAUCCCAUCCCUGGCCUGGACAUCAUCGUCGCGCGCAACUUUCGGGCAACAAACUUAGCGCCACUGGCCAUAACUGGCCGGCGUCUUCCGCUCAUCUACACACUCAUUUCAACCCUCGUGUCACCGCCUCUUAAUAAGACGGUGCUGGUACUCGACACAGAGCAUCGCUUCGAUGCAACACGUCUCGUUUGCAGCCCGGAGAGCAUCCGUCACGUCUACGUGCACCGCCCGGCCUGUGACGCCAUCCACGGCCCACGCGGCGAUGGCGGCGCCGGGAUGGGUCCGGACCAGGUCAGGCAGCUUGUCACGGCGGCCGAGGAUUGGAUGCUCUAUGGCGAUCACGAAAGCAACGGCCGCGAGUGGUGGGGGACCAUAGUCAUUGGUGCUCUCGGUGCCGGAGAUGUGACGGCUGCCUGGAAGGGCUGGCUGAGAAUCGACCGAGACAACAUCCCCGGGUUUUCCCUCGGUUGUAGCGCGAAGGAGGCCAUGACAGACCGCCAGAGGCGCCAGGAAGCCGUUGAUGCCGCGCCAUGGGCUGCCUCCUCGCAGUGGGGAAGUUUCACCUUCCCAGACUCACUACAGUUGCAAUUGCGACCUCCAGCCCGACUCGACGCACGUAACCAACUGGCAGGGUGUGCCUCGAGCGAGGGUGCGGAGGCGGGGAAGAAACGCCAGGAGGAGGAUGCCCGAGGUCGAGGAGGAGAAGCCGGUGGAGAUGGGGACGGAGAGGAGUGUGUACAUAACAGACAUGGAUGA